AUGUAAUGUCAAGUAGUCUUUUAUAACUAGUUCAUGCACAGAAAUCAUCUUGGUACUGAACAGCUGCAUGCAAGGUGCUAUCACCCGAACUGUUGAGAUACGGAUCUAUAGUGGGGGAAGGAGAAGACGUUAAUGUGUAACAGAGGCCAAAAGUGAACCUUAGGAGACGCCCGGGUUGACACUGAUGAGUUAAGGGGAAAAUCCAUCAAUUACGACGGGCAUCUUGCGGCCGAGAAGAAAAUGUGGUCUGAGACGUUUGCUGAUUUCACAGCGCUGAUUCAUGCUUAUUGGCAAUCAUCAGGACGUUCUAGGUAGGAAAGAUGAACAAAACCUCCAUGGAUGUUUCAAAGCUUUUGGUACUGAUGUGAUCGUCACUAGAUAACUGAACAAGUUCGCCAGGGCAGGUUCACCAGGUGGAAUCCAAAGAAUACUGUAUACACUGAAUGCAAAAUGCACUGUACAAUGUCAAUAACUAAAUCAACAAAAACACU